AUGACUUUAAACUUAAACGAUGCCGAAUCAGUUUUGUCGAGUUGCGAGGAUUUAAAGAUUUCUGAGAAUCCUAUUUGCUGUUUCCGAGUCAAUUCACGUAACCCAGCUAUUAAACGUGACCGACAGUUUCAGUUAUUUAAAAUGAUAAUACUUCCGUUCAUUCCCAUAUUGGCUCUUCUUAUUCAGACAUCGUUCUCACUCUAUGACAUUAUUCAAUAUCGCAACGAAGUGAAUGAAAUCGAAUCGCAAGUUGUAAUGGCAACUGAUUUAGGAAAAGUUGUGACACGCUUACAGUUAGAGAGAGGGGAAGUUGCCUUUUAUAUCUAUACAAAUGGCAGCAUAUUGAAAUCAAACUUAACACAGCGCUAUGCGACAACUGACGAGGCGAUCAAUAAUAUGACAACAUGGACGCAAAUCAUUUUGCCGGCGUCGUCAAAUACAAACGAUGAAGUAGGCGAAGUGAUGCUUAACAAAACGAGCUUCCAAAUGAGAUUAAACGAUUUUCGCACUCAAAUACAUUCUGAAGAAAAUAACAACACCGUGUUUGAGGCGAUGUUGUGGUACAUGGCUGUUAACAAUGCUAUGCUCGGUCAUUUAACUAACCAAAUUAAAGAGUCAGACAAAAGUGGUAUAUGGCGAUAUUUGAUUGGCUUUAAAAAUCUCAUCCGAAGCAUCGAAAAUAUUGGUGUAGCUGCUGUGUAUGGGAUCAACUAUUAUGGUCGAGGUCAUCUUAGUACCGAUGCAUAUGUCAAUUACAUCAAAUAUGAUGCUCUUGGCAGAGAUCUGCUAAAUAGUUCAUUUACUUAUGUUGCAUCAUUAAGAAGAGACUACAGAAAUCUUACAAAUUUCCCUGAAUAUGGAAGCAUCAAGAAUCGAAGCAGAACUAUUUCUCUUAACCGGAAAAUCAACCCAAGCAUUGAAGAUGCAAUUAAAUAUUACGGAACAAUGACAUUCUACGUCGAACGACUACGAAAUAUGCAUUCAAAUUUAAGGAGAAGAAUCAAACAAGAAGUUCGUUCGUUGUUGAAAGAAGCAAGUGAUAAGGAAGCAAUUGGCAUCGCUAUUCUUGUUACGGUGUUGAUAGUUUCGCCAAUAAUUAUAAUUUUCCUGAGAAAUGCUGUCGCCACCAUUCAGGUUUACUCGAUGAAUCUCGUUCAAAAAGCGAGGGAGCUUAAGUUGGAGCAGAAGAAAAGUGACGCACUUUUAUUUCAAAUGCUUCCCACGAGUGUUGCCAUUAGACUGAAACAAACGCGAAGGGUACCAGCCGAAUUUUUCGAAUCUGCCACGAUUUACUUUUCAGACAUUGUCGGAUUUACCGAGAUUGCAUCGACAUGUUCACCACUAGAAGUUUGUUCGUUUCUCAAUUCAAUUUAUAAAUUGUUUGACGAACGAAUUGAAUGCUAUGACGUGUAUAAGGUGGAAACUUGUGGUGACGCCUACAUGGUGGCUAGUGGAUUACCGGAAAGGAGCCACAGCAAGAAACACGUGUCAGAAAUAGCAACCAUGGCUUUAGACUUGUUACAUGCGUCAAGUUAUUUUAAAAUCCCCCAUUCACCUAAUGAGAAGCUUCAGAUUCGUAUCGGUAUUCAUACUGGAAGUGUAGGAGCGGGCGAUACAGUAAACGUAGCGAGCAGGAUGGAAUCUACAGGGGAAGCUUCAAAAAUUCAUAUCACCUCUGAAGUGAAUGAUGAACUGCAACUUAUUGGUGGUUUUAAAACUGAAGCUCGUGGAUUAAUUGACGUUAAAAAUAAAAUAAGAAUAGCUUUAUUUCUACAUCAAAGAGAGUUAAACAUUUUAUUGUCUUUUAUUUACCCAUGUAGUUGA